AUGAUAUCAAUUCAGCUUGACAGUCCAAUUCUUCAAAGAAUCAAUGACUGUCGGCCCAAUGAAAAAAUUACUUUAAACAUCAAUAAUGUCAAAUUCACGCUCAAUAAAUACUUUUUAAUUGCAUUUUCGCCAGAUAUCCACUCCCGUUAUCUUUUAAAUAAAAAUAUUGACAUAGUCGAAAUUUAUAGUUAUUUUGAAUCACCGAAUACAUAUAACAUCUUAGAGGAUAUCCUUCAAUUGAAAAAAGCAGAAUUUAACGCUGAUGAUGCUAUUUUAAAGGAUCUCUUCCAUAUCGGAGUAAAGCUUCAGAUCAAUGAACUUAAGGAUUUAUACAAAACGUACAUCAUUGAUAAGUUAACAAUUGAUUUAACUAAUUGUUUUCAAUUACUUGAGUUUUACGUUGAGUUUUCAAUAAAAGAAAAAACAAAAGAGUGUAUAGAAUAUAUUUCAUCACAUUUCUUCGAAUUUGAGGAAAAACAACUCAUAUCAAAUCUGAAAAAUUUCGGAUUUGAUACUCUUCAACAAAUUCUUAACAAUUCAAAGUUAGUAAUAAGUGAUGAAGACUUUUUAGCCAGAUUAAUCAUUUCUCUCUCAGAAGAAAACAAAAUUUUCUUCCCAUUGAUUGAACACGUUCAUUUAGAGUUUUGCAGCGAGGAAAUCAUCAAUACUAUUCUUAACACAAGUAAUGCAAACAACUACCUCGAUGUCAUCAAAUCCCUUCAUGAUUCUUUAAUAAGAUCAAGAACAAAUGACGAUCGGAUUUAUCAUCGUUAUACAAAUUCAGAAGAAUUAGUUUGGGAUUCGCAGCUGCCAGAAUUAGAAAAUGUCUAUAAAUUCUUUUGCGAAAUACUUGAAAAAGGAAAUCUUUAUAUCAUGUCUUACUUACAAAAGGAAGGACUCGUUGAAAAGAAAUAUAAGGACUCUGAUUCAAAUGGAAAGAAUGUUCUUCAAGUUGCAAGCGAAAAAGGAAAUCUUAAACUUGUUAAAUAUCUUAUUUCUGUCGGUGCUGAUAAAGAAGCUAAGGAUAAAAACGGAUAUACACCACUCAUUUGGGCAUCAAGAAAUGGUCAUCUUGAAGUUGUUAAAUAUCUCGAAUCCGUUGGAGCUGAUAAAGAAGCAAAGGACAAAAACGGAUACACUCCACUUACUUAUGCCGCUUCGAAAGGUCAUCUUGAAAUUGUCGAAUAUCUUAUCUCUGCUGGAGCUGAUAAAGAAGCAAGGGAUAAUUAUGGUUAUACUCCACUCAUGUAUGCUUCAAUUAAUAACAAAUUUGACAAUGUCAAAUGCCUUGUUUCUAAUGGUGCUAACAUAGAAGCAAGAGACAAAAACGGAAACACUCCUCUUUCACAUGCAUCAAGAAACGGCCAUCUUGAAAUUGCUCAAUAUCUCAUUUCUUCUGGAGCUAAUAAAGAAACAAAGGAUAACUAUGGAUUCACUCCACUCAUCCUUGCAUCAUCUAACGGGCAUAUUGAAGUUGUUAAGUAUCUUGACUCUAUUCAUGCUGAUAAAGAAGCUAAGAGUGACAAUGGAUACACACCACUCAUUUGUGCAUCAACUGGUGGUCAUCUUGAAGUUGUCAAAUACCUUGUCUCAAUCGGAGCUAAUAAAGAAGCAAAGAAUAAUGAUGGAUGCACUCCGCUCAUAUCUGCUUCAAGAAAUGCUAAACUUCCUGUUGUUCAAUAUCUUAUCUCUGUUGAAGCAAAUAAGGAAGCAAAGGAUAUUUGGGGAAAUACUCCACUCAUUUGGGCAUCAUCAAUUGAUUGUAUUGAACUCGUUCAAUAUUUCAUCUCUGUCGGAGCUAAUAAGAAUGCAAAGGAUAAUGAUGGAAUCUCGGUUCUCGCACAUGCAAGAGGCAAUGUCAGAGAUUAUCUAAGAUCUGUUGGAGCAAAGUAG